ACUUAACAAAAUUAUUAGUAUUUGUCUAAUACACAGCAUCUUAACACGCACACAGUUCUUUUUUCCACGUAUUGAAAAAUAAAAGUUAUUACAUUUCAAAAUGUUUAAAAUCUUUGUCUUUUUAACUCUUUUGGCUUUGGCUUUUGCCAAACCCGGCUACAUACACUCAGCUCCUGUUUUGACAUCUUAUCAUCAUACCGCCACUGUGCCCAUAGCACAUGUUGUACGUCCUGUGGUUUCAGCCCAUAGUGUUGUUGCUGCUCCAUUGAUUCAUCAUCAGCCAGCUAUAUUACAUGGCAGCUCCCUUCAUGGCUCUUAUCAUCAUGGUCUUUAUUAGAUACAGUCACUAAAGACAAAUUUGAAAAAAAAAAACAAAUAUUUGUUUUAUAUUGUAAAUUGGCUUUGUUAAUUGGUUGAAUGCAUUUAAUAAAUUUUUACUUAAUUGUCUUGUUAUAUUAAUUG